UCUUAAUCAGUGCAAAAGCUUAAGCCCAACCGAAUAUGAAGCAUUCGCUCGUUCCGAUUUUGGUUUCGCUCUCGCUAUACUUGAACCAGCACUUAGUAAACUUGCAAAAGUGCGGAGAGAGACAAAUAAAAACUCGCGAUCUCAUAACAAACAGCUUUGAUGUUCAACCCGGCGAUUAUCCGUGGCAUCUCGCGAUCUUUAUCAAACAUCCUAUCAGGCAGUACAUUUGCGGGGGAACGCUGGUCGGUCAGAGUGUUGCCAUCACUUCGGCGCAUUGUGUCGUUGUCCCUGGAUUGAGAACGGCAAGACAACCCGAUGAGCUCGUGAUACUAGUUGGAAAGCAUUUACUAAGCGCUCAAAGCGAGUCGGUAGCGGAAUACGAGUUAAGUUCAAUAAUACUUUAUCAGAAUUCCGCUGAUACUGUGGAAGUCAGACAUGAUAUAGCGCUAUUGAUAACGAAAGAACCGGUAGUUUAUGGGAAGUUUGUUCAACCGGCAUGCCUCCCAACAUUUUCGUUGAUUAAAAGUCAACUGUCUGGAACGAUUGUCGGCUGGGGAUACACGGAACAGAACGCGGUUUCUGAUACACUAAGAGCAGCGAACGUACCGAUCGUGCUGAAGGAUGACUGCAUUAGGAGCAAUCAGGAGGCGUUUAAGAACAGUGUAACAGAUGAAAUGUUUUGCGCCGGUUACCGGAAUGGUACCAACGCUUGCAACGGCGAUAGCGGAGGGGGAAUGUUUCGGAAUAUACGAGGAAAAUGGUACUUGCUAGGAGUAAUUUCCUUCACGGCUGCACAGGAACGGAAUCAAAAUUUGUGUAGCUCUACGGACUAUACAGCGUUCGUGGAUGUGGCGAAAUAUAGAAGAUGGAUAAUGGAAAACUCAAAUUCCAGUUUUGGGUGCAACUGUUUGGAUGAGAGGCCGUACGGAAAAAGAUCAAUGAAGAAACAAUAUUUUGUCCACAACAGUCAAGAGGUUACUUUCUUGCAAGCUUGGAGACUUUGUCAGAAUGUUGGGCACCAACUGGCAACGAUAACUUCGGAGGAGGACAGUCGGUUAAUUGAGCAAGCGAUUGCAAAAUCUAGCAAUACCAAAGGCCCCUGGUUUAUAGCUGGAACUGAUUUAGGAAAUGAAGGUCAUUUCGUGUGGAUCUCUACGAAUAGACCGGUCGGGUAUUUGACCGGCUAUUUAAAUUAUUCUCCUGGACAGCCGGAUAAUGCAGGAGGUAACGGAAAUUGCUUGGAAAUCGGCCGUUGGGGUGGCGUCGUUUGGAAUGACGUGCCAUGCGAAUGGAAGCAGCGCUAUAUUUGCGAAUAUAUCACCUGGAAUUAGAAUCGUUUUACGUAUCUUGUGUCUUUAUUCACGCAAAGAGUUUGUUCAUAAAGCAUUGAAAGAUAAGUAUUGCCAAGAAUUAUCGACAGCACGUUAUUCGAACUUUAAAAGUAUGAUGCAUUAGAGAAAUUUUGUUAAGAAAUCACAUGAAAUUAAAAACAUCGCUAGAGGAUAA